ACAUUUUUCGAGUAUGUCGCGAACGUUUUUUACCGAUGGUUGCUGAAGAUUAAAGUCGUGUUCCCAGUCGUACUCUUUGUAGACUGGCAUACUUCGCAUUUGACCAUGGCGUUAAGCGAUUUUUGUAGAGAAAAAGGCAUUAAGCUCGUGUCGCUAUACCCAAAUGCAAGUCACAUCUUACAGCCGAUCGACGUCGCAUUUUUUCAUUCUCUCAAGGGAAUAUGGGGGAAUGUAGUUCGUAAUUGGCGACUAGAAAAUAACGAUCAACGUUUAAGACGAGAAGACUUUGCACCGCUUCUUCAAAAAGCUAUCGACACUCUCGACACAAAAAGUAUUCUCAAAAGUGGUUUCAGAACAACUGGGCUCUACCCUUUUUCAGCGGAUAGAAUUGACUACCAGAACAUUUUUACGAACUACGAUAGCUCCGAAAAGAUCCCUCCGGUGACUGAAACCGAAGGAUCUCGGUAUAAAGAAUUGUUAGAGUAUGUUGAAAAUAACAUCGAAACCGAAGUGCUGGAGAUGUUCAGAGACGUCAAAGAGGGAGCAGAAUGGAGUGGCGAUCUGGCACAUCAAAGUUUAUUCUACUUGUGGCGAAAAAUUAAGGAUAUUAGUAUCAAUGCCAGCGAAGUCAGUCCCGCCAUUUCAGCCGACAGCGUUGUUCAAGAGGGACACGUAGAUGACAAAAAUGGAGUUUCGAUUUACAGUGAAUAUGCAACGGGUAAGGUGAAACAAGAAAAAGGAAACCAUGAAAACCUAAACGUGAUAAAUAUGGCUGAGUUCCUUCCAGUUGGAGAUAAUGUUUUGAAUAUCCGAGACGAGAUUUCGCAUAAUCUUUCAGCAGUCGACGCAGAUUGUAAAACUAUUGAUACUACUCUCUACGAGAUCGACGCACCUGGAACGUUAGUAUCGUUCGAAAAUAUCAACGAAAAUCCACAAGAAGGGACGAAGCAGAUAAAAUUGGAACAUCAAUCCACUGACGAAGGGCCGACGGAGCUUAUAGAAUUGCGAAGUCAAUGCAUUGACGAAAAGCCGAAAAAACCGACUUCUCCGAACCCAUCGACGCCAAAUUCCUUCCCAAAAAGGAGGAGUUUCCGAAAAAUAAAUCAAGCAAAACGUAAAGUGCCAGCAAUACUUACAUCCGACGAAUGAAUAGAAUAUGCCAAGCCGAAAGAUGAGAAAAAACAUACAGAAGAAGAGAAAAAAGGCAAAAAUGAAGAACUUUUGAGAAAAGCCCAUCUGAAAAAGAAGUCAAAAAGAAAGAGACAAAAACCCGACAGCAAUCUCGAUAACCAUUUUUUGUUUUCUUUAUAAAUUUGUUUACACAUUUAACGAAAAUAAAUUACUCGUGUACUAAUUAAAAAUUUUUUAUUGUUUGUACCUAAUGUGUGUCCGUGAAAUUACGUAAACUGCAAUUUAACCCGUUUGCAUGGGGAUAUUCGGAAAUAUGAGAAAGUGGGUACUUAAGUACGCUCUUGUGUGAGUCACUAAAUGGGCCGUUUACCCUAUACUGCAU